AUGUGUCCCCUGCUGUUCUGCUCGUCCCGUUCCGCGUCCCAGCUAGUGUGCUUGCGCGGGUGCCCGCUGAAGUUUGCUGGUACAUCAGAUCCAUCAGUUCCACGGCAUCACGGGUCACACCCUGCAUUUCUUGGACCACUCUCGCUUGUUCAAAGUGCCCUCAAGUGUUGCUCUUUCUCUUCCGAGUGUUGUUCUGCUCUCUGCCUCUUUCCAUCAAGACCAUCUCUGGUCAUCCCUCCACCCUUUCGUCCUGACCAUCACCUCAACGAAUUCCCCUUGCUCAGCCGUUCAGCUGCCGGAGCUCAAGACAUCAUCGCGGUCAUGCCUGCAGCCGUCAUCAACCUCAACGGCUCCUCCAGCCACAGCCCCGUCCAGUCGGUCCCCUCGCACGUCCGAAGCAUCUGCUGCAUCGGUGCCGGCUACGUCGGAGGGCCCACUUGCUCCGUGAUCGCGCUCAAGUGUCCCCACAUCAAGGUCACCAUCGUCGACGUCAACCCGGUCCGCAUCGCGGCGUGGAACUCUGAUGUGCUUCCCGUCUUCGAGCCUGGUCUCGAUGCCGUCGUCCGCGAGUGUCGCGGACGCAACCUCUUCUUCUCCACCGACAUCGAUAAGGCGAUCCAGGAAGCCGACUUGAUCUUUGUCUCCGUGAACACCCCUACAAAGACCUCUGGUGUCGGAAAGGGUUUCGCUGCCGACCUGCACUACGUCGAAGCCUCUACUCGUCGUAUCGCAUCCGUUGCCACGAGCUCCAAGAUCAUCGUUGAGAAGUCUACGGUACCAUGUCGUACCGCAGCAAGCAUGCGUACCAUCCUCGAAUCCAACUCCAGCUACACGGCGGAUGGAACGCUCAUCUCCUUCCAGAUCCUUUCCAACCCCGAGUUUUUGGCUGAAGGAACCGCCAUCCGCGAUCUGAUGGCUCCCGACCGUGUCCUCAUCGGUUCCCUCGACACGCAACAAGGCAAAGCUGCCGCGAACGCUCUCUCCGAAGUCUACCAGAACUGGGUCGACCCAACCAAGAUCUACCAAACAGGUCUUUGGUCUUCCGAACUCUCCAAACUCGCCGCCAACGCUCUACUCGCUCAACGCAUUUCGAGCAUCAACUCCCUCUCCGCCAUCUGCGAAGCGACCGGAGCCGAUGUCGAUGAAGUCGCCCACGCCUGUGGACUGGAUGCACGCAUCGGACCCAAAUUCCUCAAAGCCUCCGUCGGUUUUGGUGGAAGCUGCUUCCAGAAGGACAUCUUGAACCUGGUGUAUCUCUCCGAAUCGUUGGGUUUGAGCGAGGUAGCUGACUACUGGCACCAGGUGAUCAAGAUGAACGAGUAUUCGAAAUCCAGGUUUGCGAGAAAAGUCGUUUCUACGCUGUUCAAUACGAUCACGAUGAAGAAGAUCGCAGUCUUGGGAUUCGCGUUCAAGAAGGAUACCGGAGACACACGCGAAUCGGCAGCAAUCACGCUCUGCAAGUACUUCCGACAGGAACGCGCCCAGAUCUCGAUCUACGAUCCCAAAGUGACCACCAACCAGAUCAUGCUCGAUCUCACCGAACCCGGCGUCCUCGACGACUCGCAGGCCGUUCAGCAGCAGGUCAAGAUCGCAACAUCCAUGAAGGAGGCUUGCGAAGAUGCCGAGGCAGUCAUCAUCUGCACCGAGUGGGACGAGUUCAGGGACGCCACGGCUCAGGAUUGGGAUGAGAUUUACAGGAGUAUGAAGAAGCCGGCGUUCGUGUUCGAUGGAAGGGGGAUCGUCGAUGCAAAGGUGCUGAGAAGUGUUGGGUUCAAGGUUCACGCUGUGGGCAAGGGACCUCUUAUCGUGGAUCCUAUCUGGGCUUGA